AUGGAGAGCUACAAAGACAGCAUUGAAUAUUUUUUGAGGUAUUUUGAAUGUGCAAUGCCUGACGAUGUUUCGUUAGGAAGCUUAGUUCUUUUCAGCGAAGAGAAUGCUCGUGAAGAAGAGUCCGAGGCACCGGUGAUGUGGGACGAAAAAGACCUGCCUCGUACAUGGUAUCAGGUACAGUUUGUAGAUGGCAGCAAUAAAAGAAAGUAUAUUAAGAGGAUGGCACAUGCAGAGAGCAUGGAUGUGUAUCAUAUUACGCCGAAAAGGCUUUCAAAGGCAUUGACAUCGAUUGAUCUGCAGCUGCUGAAAAAAAUAACACCAAAUGACUUAGUGGGAUAUGAUGGGUCUGAAGGCAGUGAACUAAACAGCAUAAGGCAGAUUAGACUGAAGAAUGAAGGGCUGAUGAACUUUGUGGCACAUGAACUAUCCACGAAGAGAAACUAUGACUACUUCUUCAAGGUUCUGGAAUAUCUCGAGAAGAUCAGGAAUUUCAACUCGAUUCAUUGCAUAACCCGAGCAUUUCAGAUGCAGAAGCUUGAUUUAAAGAAACUAGGCAAGCUCUCUGGAUAUGUAAAAGCAAGCCUGAGCUACUUCGACAUGCGGCAGGUUUUAGACGAGCUUACUGCUGACGAUGUGUUUCUUGUAUGCCCAAUUGACGUGUAUAUCAAGGAUGUUGAGGAAUCUAAUAAGAAUAGAGGUAGCGAGGUUGCAUCGAUGAGGUUUUGCAGGCUCGUGGAGAUUCUGAUAAGAUUGCAGGAUCAGCAGCAUGAUGUUGGCAUUUCACAUCGCAUAGAGCAUUUUCUAUUUAGCAAGUUUUGGAAGUAUGCUCGGAAGAACUCGAUCUUGUAUAUCCAAGACGAUGCUAUGAAGUACGAUGGACAGUUUUUACUCCUGUAA